AUGAACCGCGGUAUUCGGUCGCUUACUCACUGGCCUUGGACGAACGACUUCGGGUGGAGGAACGGCAGGCGCGAUCGUCAGCCGUCGAGGGCGGAAGGUGGGGCGAUCGCCGUCACCGGCCAGAACUCUAAUCUUAUGUCGAGGCGCAAAGCCCAGGGACGGCCAAUGCUGCUUGCCUCUCCCCUGCGACGAGCUCCGUUGACCCUGCGCUCCCACUUCAUCUCCUUCCUGCAGUCUCGCCUCCCACCUGCCAGCCCCAACUACGUGCUCCUGACGAUGCCGAAACGCAAACGCACUGCGGCAGCCGUGACGACCGCGGUAGAUGUGCCAGCGGCCCCAGGCGAAGAUGCCAUCGCAGCGGCGACUGCUGCCGUACUAGCUCUGAGCGACCCGGUGGCAGGUUUUCCCGCCUCACCGCGACGUGCGUCCACUCGGACACGCAGAUCAACCGAUGUCAAGCCCGUAGAGCCCGAGAGCCCGCUCAGCGAUCUCGAUGGUGAGCUCCCAGUAACAAAGAAGCGCACACCUCGAAAGAAAGCGAAGCGACACGCAGCAGACGUCGAGAGCCGCUCGCCGGACUCGAGGACGCCGGUCGUGUACGACAUCCCGCCCGUGGAGCGCAAGGAGACGAAGUUCACGGGCCGUCUGGGCUACGCAUGCCUGAACACAAUCUUGCGCGCGACGAAGCCCGAGCCGAUCUUCUGCUCGCGGACGUGCCGCCUCGAGACGAUUAGGAAGAAUGGGAUCGAGUUUGCGAAGGAUCUUGGGCUGAGGAACGCACGGGACCUCAGCGAGAUGAUCGAGUGGAACGAGAAGAACAAGAUCCGUUUCUUCCGGAUCUCGUCGGAGAUGUUCCCGUUCGCGUCACACAAGGUUCACGGGUACGACCUCGAGUAUGCGCGUGAGCAGUUGAAGGCAGCUGGAGACCUCGCGAGACGAUAUGGUCACAGGUUGACGACGCACCCGGGACAGUUCACCCAAUUAGCGUCUCCGAAGGACGACGUGGUCACUGCGAGUGUGCGCGAGCUCGAAUAUCACUGCCAGAUGAUGCGCUACAUGGAGCUCGACCAAGACAGCGUGAUCAUCAUACACAUGGGGGGCGUGUACGGUGACAAGGAGACGACGCUCGCACGCUUCAAGGAGAACUACCGCACGCGGCUGACGGACGAGAUGCGGGCGCGGCUCGUGCUUGAGAACGAUGAGAUAUGUUACAGCCCAGACGAUCUCUUGCCCGUGUGCGAUGAGCUCAGGAUCCCGAUGGUACUCGACUAUCAUCACAAUUGGAUUAACCCAUCCAAACACGAGCUACCGGACCUCCUCCCGCUCGUCGCGGCGGGCUGGGCGCGCAAGGGCAUCCGGCAGAAGCAGCACCUGAGCGAGCCGCGCCCAGGCGCAGAGAGCGUCAUGGAGAAGCGCGCACAUGCGGACCGGUGCGUGACGCUGCCAGAGGUGCUCGAGGGCGGGGAGGUGGACCUGAUGAUCGAGGCUAAGGACAAGGAGCAGGCAGUGUUCCACUUGUUCAGGAUUUAUGGGCUUGAGCCUGUGGCUCACGAUAAUCUGCGCCCGGAGAAGCCGCCGAAGCCGUUCGUGCGGGGGAAGGGCCGGGCACUUGCGGGUGACGGGGACGCGGACGGCGAAGGCGCGGCUGGGGAGGACGCGGCGGAGGCUGUGGAUGGGACACCGAGGAGGCGGACGAGGGCGAGGGCGGAACGGAAGGAUGCCGUUGGGGAUGGAGGUGCGGGAGGCGAUGUUGACGGAGAGACGGAACUUGAGGCACCGUCGAAGCCAAAGCAGAAGAGACGCCGCACUGCGACCACCGUCGUUGCGGGCGACGUGCCCUCGCCCUCCGCAUUCCCGAGGAAGCGCAAGCGCGUGUCCGUCGCGCGAGGAAAGAAGUCGGUGGUCAAUGCUGAGGGAGAGGUGGAACGCGCGGAGGAGCUGGUGAAUCAGAGGAUGAUCCAGAGCCUGUGGACGGGCGAGGGCUGGUGA